AUGCUGUGGAUGAAGUGGAAGAUGAUGAUGGACUCCCUGCGUGGUCGGAGAAGGAGGCUGCCCUGUUCCCUUUGGUUCGUCCUGCUGUUCGCUGCCGGAGGUCUGGUUCUCUUCAUCCACCAGCAGGAUCUGUCAGAGAUGGUCCAGCAACAAGGCCCAGGCGUGAAGCUUGGAAGCACUCCGCGGCAGUCCAGAGAGACUCUUUCUACCCAAGACCGUGAGAGAGGCAAGUCUGACAACUACCAGGACCUCCAAGCUGCAGAAGGCCUCCUGUCCAGCCCGAUCCCGCCGAUGCAGUUCCCGCACUUUGAGAAGAGCAGGCAGACGGCCACCCCUGGGUCUCGAGAGCAGGACAUCGGCUCUCUCCAUGUCUCCAAAAGACACCGCAAACUGCUGAAAACAAGUCCCCCGAUCCACAACACCAAAAACAAUGUUUCCUCACCCUCCUCAACCUCGGUUUCCUCCUCAUCCGCUGUUUCCUCCUCAUCCUCAAUUUCCUCCUCAUCCCCAAUUUUCUCCUCCUGUGCCUCGGGCUCUUUUUCCCCUGAGAGCUGGAAAAAGCUCUCCAGCGUCCUAGAAGCUCGCCAGCAGCUGAUGAAGGAGAUCUGUGCCAAGUACAAAAGCAGCAUCUCAAAGACCAUUACACGGCAUCAUGUGAAACACCUCUUUGUGGAGGAUAAGUACAAGCUGUUGUACUGCCAGGUGCCCAAGGCCGGCUGCUCCAACUGGAAGAGGACGCUGAUGGUACUAGCAGGCCAGGCCUCCAAUACCCAGAGCAUAAAACACGACACCGUCCACUACGGAGACCAUCUUAAGAAGCUUGAUAGCUUUGACCGACAGGGAAUCAUGCACCGUCUGGAAACCUACACCAAAGUCAUGUUUGUCCGUGAGCCCAUGGAGAGAAUGGUGUCAGCUUACAGGGACAAGUUUGAGAAUCCCAACAACUACUACCACUCCCUGUUUGGGAAACCCAUCAUCUCCAAAUACAGGGUGAAUCCGUCUUGGGCAGCCCUGAAAACAGGCAACGGAGUCACAUUUAAGGAGUUUGUCCAGUACCUGCUGGACGUCCACCGGCCCGUGGGGAUGGACAUCCACUGGGAGCAGGCAAACCAGCUCUGCAACCCCUGUCUCAUAGACUACGACUUCAUCGGCAAGUUUGAGAACAUGGAGGAAGAGUCCAACUUUCUGCUGCGAUUGGCUGGGGCUCCACCCAACCUCACGCUGCCCAGUUUUAAAGAUAGGAACCCCACUGACAAGAGGACCUCAAUGCAGAUCACAGAAAAAUACUUUUCACAGGUCAGCACUUUGGAGAGACAGCGAGUAUAUGACUUCUACUACAUGGACUAUCUGAUGUUUAACUACUCCAAGCCUUUUAAAGAUUUAUAUUGA